GUGCGGGGGUUGUCAGUGCCGGGGCGGGCGUCCCGGUACCGGGGAGAGGCGGUGCUGGGGGUGUCAGUGCCGGUAAAGGGGUCCCGGUGCCGGGGUGCGAGAGAAGCCGUGCUGAGGGGUGUCAGCGCCCGAUGAGGGGGUCCCGGUACCGGGGAGAAGCAGUGCUGCGGGUGUCCGUGCCGGGGGUCCCGGUGGCGGGGUGCGAGGGAAGCAGUACCGGGGUGCAGGGUCUCCGGUGCGGGGGUGACAAAUACCCCGGCACGUUUCAGUUUCGUUUCCCCGGCGGGGCGGCCCCGCCCAGGGGUGUGUCCAGAAUCCCGGCCCCGUCCAUAAAAGUGUGCCCGGAGCUGGAGGAGGCGCGGCGCUGGGAGGGGGUCCGCGACGUGCGGCCGCUGGACGGGAACGUGCGGCGCUGGGGGGGCCUCCUGCUGCCCAACAACCCCCCAUACAACACGGGCGCCUUCCGCUUCGAGCUGACCUUCUCCCCCAACCACCCGCUGGAGCCGCCCUGCGCCACCCUCCGCACGCCCAUCUACCACCCCAGCGUGGACCUCGAGGGCCGCGUCUGCCAGCCCCUCACCACUCACGGGCACUGGGAGCCCGCCACCCGCGCCAUCCAAGUGCUCCAGGACCUGCUGCUGCAGCUGGACAGCCCAGACCCGCGGCGGCUGCUGCGGCCGGACGUGGCCCGGGAGCUGCAGGAGCGCCCCGAGGAGUUCCGGCGCCGGGCAGAAGAGCACACCCGGCUCCACGCCGAGCCGCGCCCCGACCCCCGCACAUGAGGCAAUAAAUUCUCUCCAUCACCUGC